UUCCCCGUCUUCUUGAAAUCUUCUCUCCAGGGUCGUCGGAGUCCACCAUUCACUCGCCAUGGCGGACAAUAAAGAGCUGAAUUCGGAUCGAACAGAGAGGAAAAUCCCAGUUUUCACCGUCUUCAAGAACAACUCCAUUCUCAAGAACAUUUUCGUCAUAGACAGUCCCCCUAAUCCAGUCGAUUCCGGUGAUAAACCUAUUGAUCGGGAAUUCGAAGAAGUCCUUUUGGUCGGACGUCAUCCUGAUUGCAACAUCACGCUGGAGCAUCCUAGCAUCAGCAGAUUCCACCUUCGAAUCCAUUCUAAACCCUCUUCGCAGAUCAUUUCUGUAGUCGACUUGUCUUCGGUACAUGGAACAAGGGUCAGUGGUGUGAAGAUUGAACCAGGGGUUCAGAUACAGUUGAAUGAAGGCGACAGUUUGCAGCUAGGAGGAUCGAGUAGGAUCUACAGGCUACAUUGGAUUCCACUAAGCUUUGCCUAUGAUUUGGAGAAGCCGUUUUUGCCUCCACUUGAUACAUUGUUGGAUACGGAAGAAAGGGAAGGCGAAGGAGAUUUCCAGGAUGAUAACCAUAUUGAAACUUUGGCUGAUGAUCUGGACAAUGUGAAUCUGUUAUUUUCUGAUGAGAAUUCAAAACCACAGUUAGAAAACUCGGUUCAGAAAUCUGUUUUUGAGGAAGAUACAGAAAACAAGGAUGAUCUAAAUCAAAAGACCAUUCUAUCUGAUGAUGAAGUUCCCCUGCUUCUUGAUACUCAUUUAGAAACUGAGAAUAGCUCAUUUAUAGAAAUGAGUCAAACCCCUAAACCCUCUUUUGCUGAAGUGGAAAAUGAACCGAAAUCACUCUUGUUAGAAACAGAAAACGUUUGUAAGCCUGAAAACGACGAUCUUCGUCGUAGCCUCAUUGAGGAGAUUGUGAAUUUAUCUCCGGAAAGUAAAAUUACUUGUGAGAAAGAAAAUCCAGAAAGCCUAGAACAAAAGUCCAAUUGUUCCAGCAUUUGGUCCAGGAGAGGCAAACCUUCAAGCGCUAUUAAAAUACAGACCAGCCGAGAUAAUAAGAGCAAAAAAGGAGCUGAAAUCAAAAUCCAAAAGAUUGGGAGUCCGAAAGCUCUUUUUACUGGUUUCAUUGAAGAAGAAGAAGAAGAAAUCUUCACCCCAGACAAGGAGAACUUCACCCCAAAUACUCUUCUACAAAGAGCCAUGAAGAAGAAGAUGGAUAAGAGCGAAGGAGCUAAAAUCAAAAGUCCCAAAGUUCUUUUCACUGGAUUUGUUGAAGAAGAAGAAGAAGAAGACGAUGAAAUCUUCACACCAAACAAGGAGAACAUCACCCCAAAUACUCGUCUAAUAAGAUCCAUGAAGAAGAUGGAUAAGAAUGAUCAAGAAAUCAAGCCUUUCACCACUUUCAAUGGAUCUUCCUCUGCAAAAUCUAAGCCAUCCACCUCAAAAGUCCUUUCAAGUAAAGAUGAAAACGGAGAGAAUAUUAAUUCUAAUACCCUUUCAUUGAAAUCAUCCAUAAAGAAGAAAUGCUCCAAGUUAAGGACUCCAUUUGCAGGCGAAAAUUCUGAUUCCUCUACUUUCAGCAAAACAAAGCAGACAAGAACGAGGUUUGGAAGCUCCAUGAAACUACAAGAUUCAAAAACACAGUUGGCGAUGGACACAACGAAAAGUAGAAUCGAAAGGGUGCCGUUUCAAUCACUGCUUGUUGAUUCCAUUGUCAAGAAGAAGUCAGAAGCUUCUGACUUACUAUGGAAGAGAAAUCCUGUUAUGAGAAAAUGGACGAUGGUUGUCGACACUAACUGUCUCAUCGACAAGAAAUCAAUAAGUUCGUUACGCCUUCUUCAAGGCAUUAAGGGAACUCAAUUGGUUGUUCCAAGAACCGUUAUAAGAGAGCUAGACUGUAUGAAGAGAAGAGCCAGUUUGUUCAGAAGACCAUCCUCGGAGGCUGCUGCCUUAGCAUUGGAUUGGAUUGAAGAAUGUAUGUUGACCACCAACUGGUGGAUUCGCGUCCAGAGCUUGGGGGAAGAAGAAAGGAAAAUUGCAGAAACCCCACCAUCCUCUCCUCAAUUCAGUGAUGUGGAAAGAUUUGGUUUUGUCGGUUUUCCUCUUACUCCCUUGGCAGAAGACCAUAUUCUCGAAUGUGGUCUUCUUUUCAGGAAGAUUAUUAACAGUGAAGGAGGACGGCUUGUUCUUCUCACAAACGACGUUACCUUGAAGAUCAAAGCAAUGGCAGAAGGGUUGCUUUGUGAGACUGUUGAGGAAUUUCGUGGAAGUUUGGUGAAUCCUUUCUCAGAGAGAUUCUUGUGGGCUGAUAGUUCGCCGAGAGGUGCUACUUGGUCGUGUUUUGAUGAUGUUGUUUUGAGGAAGAGAUAUGAUUGUGAUCAUCUCACCAGAAAGAUGACAACCAGGUCUUCUGGUGAAGGGGGCAAUGGAUUGAAGCUUAUUUUGCAAUACAAAGUUUGAUCAAGUUGUUUUGCUGCAGUUUAAAGUAGUUGUUGGUAGGAGAAAAAAAACUAUAACUUUCUAUAGUUUGGUUCAUUUGAAAUAUUCUUUCCUGAAAUAUUAGACCUUCAAAAUGAAAGCUUCAAUGGAAGCUUCUAAUAAUAGACUUCUCUUACUCAAGGUGCAUGCAUGUAUGCUUAUGUUUUAACCUGCAAAUUGGAUACAAACAGAUGAUUUCUUUUAUUAAUAGAGGGAAAUGGAAA